AUGAAUUUCCUCGAUGUCCCAAAAAACUGCGGGUAUUUUGCAAGCAAAAACAAGGAUGGCGAGAUCCUUCUGAUUCUCCACCUGCAGUCUCACUGUCACACGAGUGUGCAGGCAAAGUGCAACCUUCAGAGUGAAUACCGCCUCCCCUGUGGGUCCAGCUCUAUAUCCCAGACAGAGUGCCUCUCCAUGGGCUGCUGCUUCAACAAGCACCCCCCUGCCUGCUACUACCACAUGGAUGAGUGCACUAUUGACCGCCACAUGAUUUUCUCCGUGCCUUCAUCCCUCACGGACCCCCCUCUUUCUCCUACUCGGCUCGUCGUUGCCAACAACUCCACCUGCGUACCUCACAGAGCGACCGCUGACUACGCCUUGUUCAAAAUCCCAAUGGACAGCUGUGGGACCCGCAGAGUGGUGUUGGGCAAGACUGUAAUCUAUAUAUUGGAGGUCACCAACACGAUGCAAAAAGUCAGACUGAACUACGGCACCAUCACAAGAGAUUCUCCUGUCAGGUUGCUGGUGGAGUGCAGGUAUGUGCCGGGAACAGUUCUGAGUGUCGGCUACGUGGUGAAAACACCAACUUUUGGUCCUGAAAUUCAUACUCGAGGUGUGUUUGGUGUUCAGCUCAGGAUUGCUAAAGAUGCCCAGUACAGCAGCUACUACCCACAGUACCACCAGCCCCUGCACAUGUUGCUAGGGAAACCUCUCCACCUUGAAGUGCGGCUCCUCAACUCCCCAGAUCCCAGUUUGGUGCUGCUGGUGCAUUUCUGUGUGGCCUACCCCCGCUCUGGAAAAGCUGUGUGGGUGCUGCUUUACAACGGCGCCACCAGAAACCUUGCUCAGUGA